UGCACCAAACUUUAUCAUUUACUUUAAGAAAUUUCAAUAUCCCACAGUUGUUUAUAUGCACAUUAACUUCGCCAAUUGUUCCCUGCAACUUCCAUCUCAACAGGAUGAAUUCAAAUUCAGUAAUUUGGUCUCUUCUUUUAGCUUCUGUUCUCAUCUCUCUCAUUAGUGUCAAUGCACAAGGACCUGCCGCAUCACCGGCAACAUCUCCGCCUGCAACACCCGCUGCUACUCCUCCAACCACAGCUGCUACGCCUCCAACCACUACUACUCCUGCUCCAACUACCACUGCUCCGCCUCCAACCACCGCUGCUCCACCCAUUCCAGCUACUAAGCCACCAGAAUCUCCGGUUACACCACCGCCAGCAGUUACUCCAAUUUCAUCACCGGCUCCAAAAGUUGCACCAGUAAGCAGCCCCACAACUCCGCCUCCACAACCACCCCAAAGCCCACCCGUUUCAGCUCCAACUGUCUCACCACCACCUGUGUCACCACCUCCAGCUCCGGCUUCUCCCCCACCGGCACCAGCUUCACCACCACCGGCACCAGCAUCUCCACCUCCCGCACCAGCUUCACCACCACCUGCACCAGCUUCAUCACCUCCAGCACAAGCUCCUACACCAAUAAGUUUACCACCAACCCCAGCACCGGCUCCUGCCAAGCACAAGAGAAAGCACAAACACAAAAGGCAUCACCAUGCCCCAGCUCCAGCACCAACUCCCCCGAGCCCUCCAUCUCCUCCAGUUGUAACAGAUUCCCAAGACACAGCUCCAGCACCAUCGCCAGACACGAAUGGAGGAAAUGCCUUGAAUCAGCUAAAAGGAAGAGUAGGAAAGUGGGUCAAUACCGCAGUGGGAAUUCUCUGUCUACUGGCUAUGACAGCUUAAACUUUUCUAUCUCAUGAUAUCACAAAUGUAUCAACCCGAGCAGCUACAUUUCCCCCCCAUGUAUACCAACACAUUGAUUCAAAAAUAAUAUAUUCUUUUGUAUUAUUUGUGGAAAA